CUUCCCUCCUCUCCUUUCUCGAGCCUCCCCUGGAAUUUCCUGGGAUUACAGGAAAAAAAAAACCCCAAAAACCAUGUCUGAAAACUCCACUGGAUCUUCCAGGACCGAACCGGAUUACAGGUAUAAAAAGGACGAGCUGUUUAAGAGGCUGAAGGUGACCACUUUUGCCCAGCUGGUUCUCCAGGUGGCUUCUCUCUCGGAUGAAACCUUGGAAGUGACGAGUGAGGAGCUGCACAAGCUGGAGGGUGACGACGAUGCUGCUGCUCCAGGUGAAGACGCCGAGGUGGCCGCGGGGACGAACGGGAAGGGAAGCCCCGAGGAGGCCCCCAAUCCAGUCCUGUUCCUGAACAGCACAGGGCCCGGGGAAUCCCAGCGUUCCACGCUCCAGAGCGUGAUCAGCGGGGUCGGGGAGAUGGACAUCGAGAAGGACUCUCCCAGGAAGGAGGACACCCAGGCCAAGGACCUGCCCUACCCAGACUGUCCCUUCCUGCUCCUGGACGUGCGGGAUCGGGACGCCUACGACCAGUGUCACAUCGUGGGAGCUUAUUCCUACCCUAUUGCCACGCUGUCCAGGACCAUGAAUCCAUACACAAACAGUAUUCUGGAAUAUAAAAACGCCCACGGGAAGAUCAUCAUCGUGUACGACAACGACGAGCGCUUGGCCAGCCAGGCGGCCACCACCAUGUGCGAGAGGGGCUUCGAGAACCUCUUCAUGCUCUCCGGGGGCCUGAAGGUCCUUGCACAGAAGAUCCCAGAGGGAUUGAUCACGGGCACGCUCCCGCUGUCCUGCCAGGUCCCGGCUCCCCCGGGAUCCGCCCGAAGGAAAACCUCUCCCAGAGCCCCUCCCACGCGGGCUGAGAACAAGUGGAGGUUCUCUGCAGAUGAUCUCCAGAAGCUGAAGUACUACCUGGAGGAGGAGCACAUUCCUUUGGACACUGCCAGCCGCCUGAGCCGUGGCAUUUCCAGCCGGGAUUCCAAGCCCACGUCCAUGAGGAGCAGCCCCAACCUCCACGGCUCCAACGCGGGAUCCCUCAGCUCCCGCACGCUCAGCAGGACCAGCCUCCAGAACAGGCCCUGGAAAUAACCGGUGGGGUCUCCUCCCACCGAAUAAAGGAUUAUCCAGGUUUUGGGAA